CUGCACAGCAAGUGGUGCAGUACGCGUAAAGUGGCCUGGCGUAGCUAGGACACGCGUUAAGAAACACGCGAAACGCGUCCCGACUCAAUUUCCCUGAAAAUCGCGGGGCUGGUAGCGCACUCCGGCUCAGGUCCUAUCGGAAUGGGAGAGUGGCUCGAUUACAUCCGCUACUCCUUCAACACCACCAUGAUCACCUCCGAGCUGCAAUCUCGUCCCGGCUUCUAAUCCGUCAAGCAUAAUAGAUGAAGCUCAGUUGACCUUCAUCCUUCUGUCCCUACUGUCGCAAUCCCUAUUGAGAAUUUCCUACGCCGCCUUCGCUCUCGCAACCUUGUCUUGGCUAUCGCACUUGCCCGGCCCUCCUUUGGACGCGCACUUCGCCCCUUUAGUCAAAAUAAGGAUCCCCCGAGCAGACCUCUACAGAACAGACUUCGGAAAACGCCGCCCAUCGCCAUGCCUCCGAAGAAGAGACAGUCAGACGCUGUGCGUCGCAAAUCACGACAGAGCGAUGUCCAACCUGGCGAUCCGAUCCCCAAUCGAGGCAAGCGACGCUACAGACCAGGGACGGUUGCUCUUAGGGAGAUCCGGAGAUACCAAAAUGGCACCGACCUUCUGCUGCGACGUCUUCCCUUUUCACGUCUCGUUCGCGAAAUUGCCGAGUCGGUGAGGCCUCGAGGCGAAGCUAUGCGAUGGCAGUCACAAGCAAUACAAGCACUGCAAGAAGCUGCCGAGGCUUUCUUGGUUCACCUUUUCGAAGAUACAAAUCUCUGUGCAAUCCAUGCUAAGAGGGUCACCAUCAUGCAAAAGGAUAUCCAGCUUGCAAGGCGCAUUCGCGGCGUAUGGGGUGGCCUCGGCUGAAGUUACCAAGGUUAACGAGGACUACUGAUCUAUGGGGCUUCUUACGAUCACCGAGCCGCCUUGGUGAAUUCCUGGGGCCGCCCUCUGGGCAUUGCUCGCUAGAUUUGCGAACACGCGGGAUCCUUCCCACGAGAUGUAUAAUUUCUCUGGCUUCUGUUUCUGUUAUCUGUUAUGUCAUGGUUGUGCGGAUACCCCUUCUGGGAUGGCGGUUUAUUCUUGAAAUUUUAUAGGGGGUGGGGAGUUCGUGGCGUUGGCGAUGCUUCUUUGUUACUUGAAUGUCAACACCUUUUGUGUUGGCCAUGCGGUGUGACUUAGAAGGAAGGUUACGUCAGAGGAUAGGAAAACACCAAGGCACCGAGGGGCCAAUUUUUGACGCCCUCGAGUAACGAGGUCCUUCAAAUUAGCAACCAAACAGAAUCACUCACGGUUCCUAAGGUGCCUAGGUUACGUAGCUAACGGCGC